CAUAAAUACAUAAGAAUUGUGUGGUAUAUAUGUAAAUGCCCCACAAGAUAAAUGAACAUAAGAGAUCUAAGAAGAUAAGGUGUUCUCAUGGCCACAGAGAGAGCUAACCCUGUAAAGAAACUGGAGUUCUUCGAAGUCAAGGGAUGCGAGACCGCCUUCGAGAUUGGCUUCCUCAUCGGAAAAAGGUUUUCCAAUCUGAUAAAGAGCAGGAUUGCUUCUGAUCUCAUACUCCAAGAGCAACUCCUGCCAUUUUCUCAAACAAUUCAGGCAAAACCACUUAUUGAUGAACUCUGCAACAAUAACAAGCAAAAGUUUCCAAGAUAUUGGGAAGAGCUUGAGGGCACUGCAGAAGGGAGUGGUGUCUCAGUUCUAGAUCUGGUGUUGCUGAACUUCAGGAAGGAAAUUUUACCUUUCGUUCCGAAAAUGCGGCGUACAGCAAGCGAUGAAGAUAAGAGUAAUGAUUGCUCGGAUGUUCUUAUUGUCAAUGAUUCAAUGGCAAUUGCUGCACAUAAUGAAGAUGGGAACAUAGCUUUAAUUGGUCAUAGCUAUUUGGUGAGGGUUAUGCUGUCAAAUGGCUUAUCAUUUACUGCUUUAACUUAUGCUGGAGAGCUCCCAAGCUGUGCAUUUGGCUUCAACAGCAAUGGAAUAGCAUUUACUCUCAAUGCAGUGCCUCCGACACCCGAUGAAAUCUUGGCGCGAGGCAUUGGUCGAAACUUUAUAUCAAGAGGUCUGUUAGAAUCAACUGACCUGGAGGAUGCAUUAAAUCAAAUUAUAUCAGCCAAUGUCUCCGUUGGGCACAGUUAUAAUCUGGUGGACGUCAAAAGCCGAAGGAUAGUAAACGUAGAAACAGCAUCUAGAAACCGUUAUGCCUCUCUGGAAGUUCGCGCAGAGCAAUUCUUCCAUGCAAACAUGUAUAUCCAACUUCAAGUAAAGCAGGAACAAAAUGAGAGUUCAGUUAGACGGCAUAGAAGAGCGGCGCAAUUUUCAGUAGAAACAAAAACAGAAGCGCUUACCAUUCUUGGAGAUAGUGAGGAUGAAGAGUAUCCAAUUUACAUGCAAGGUCCCACGCUGUACACUCUAUGCACAGUGCUGAUAGAUCUAGAUGAACAAACUCUCUCAAUAUUUGAAGGAAAUCCAAAGAAAGGAGAAAUUAGUUAUGUGCUCCCGAUCUCUUGAAGUUCAGAAGUUCCAGA